AUGGAGGCAGAAGAUGAAAGGGAAAUGGAGGCAGAAGAUGUGGAAGAAAGGGAGUAUGAAGAUGAAAGGGAAAGGGAGGCAGAAGAUGAAAGGGAAAUGGAGGCAGAAGAUCAAAGGGCUGAAGAGUUUGGAAGAGAGGGAGAACAUGAAAGGGAGGCAGAAAAUGAGAGGGUGGGAGAAGAAAGGGCUGAAGGGGAGUUUGGAGGAGAGGGAGAACAUGAAAAAGAGAGGGAGGCAGAAGAAGAGAGGGAGGCAGAAAAUGAGAGGGAUGAUGAAAGGGAUGCAGAACAAGAAAGGGAGACAACAACAGCAGAAGGCAAGAAUAGAGAGGCUGAAGCAACAGCAGAUGCAACGGCAAAAUGUGAUUCGAUGGAAAAUGAUAACGUGGAGGGGAACGUUAAUGGAUAUGAGCACUUGUUGAAUUCAGAUUUCUUAUCAGAUCUAAACGAUAAGGAGAUUAGUGGGUGUCGUACGGGAGAGGGGUCAAAGUACAAUUGGCUUGACAUGAACAUGGAAAGUGAUGAAGGGGAGUUUGGUAGAGUUGUGGAGAUAGUUGUAGUAGACAGCAUGGAGAGUGGUCUGAAUGUGGAUGAAAUACCAUUGCUGUCUCCAGCACUAGAAGGACAGGAAGAGGAACAAUCAGGGGAAGAAAUACCAUUGCUGUCUCCACCAGUAGAUGGACAACAAGAAAGACAAAGUUGUCUGUUGUCUGUUCUGCAGCAUGAACAAGUAGAGGAACAGGAAGAGGAGCAACCGCGAAGCCGCAGACAAAGAAAGACAAAGUUGUCUGUUGUUCUUAGUGAGGAUUACGACCAGACGUGGCGCCGUAGGUCCUUAAACAAGGACAAACUGUUUGAGUUAAUGCUGAAAUGCAAGGAAAAUCCAGUAAUAAUAAAAUGUGAUGGACACACUGCAAGAUUGAGUAGUUGCAAAAGUGUUGCACAAGCGCGUGGCCGAGUGGACGAUAAUUAUGUUCGUGUAGUAGCUUGUCUAUAUUCGAAAGUGUGGAGGAAACGAUUUGGGAAUAGAAGUUGUAGAUUGAUGAUGGAUCCUACCUUUGCGGUUAGCAGUAAGAUAUCUGUAAAUUGGAAGUGUGUGCCUUGGUGA